GGUCGCCUAAUAAGGAUGUUCAUUUUGGCACUCAGCAGCUUAUGCGUGGCUCACAGAUGGCUUCUGUCUCGUUCUGUGUAAUCCAAUCAUCCUGCACUACUGCGUCUCACAGUCUUCUGGAAUAAUUUGCAAAGCUCGCCGUGACAAUUGUCUCUUCUUCCAGAUGUCGAGGAUGUAAGGAGGGUGGCUUUCACCACUGCUUUGCCACAGGAUGUGUACAUGGCUCUCCAGGUCAGAGUGGCACCCAGCAAGGUCAUUUGGAGGAACCUUCUGAUAUGUGUCAUCCUUUUCUACACUGUGUACUACGUGGUUCUGGGCAUGUGCUGUGUGAUGCUCAAGGUGUAUGAGUUGGAUGUCCUGGCACCAUUUGAUUUCAAAACAAAUCCUUCAUGGCUCAACACAAAUUAUAAAGUAACAUGGAAAGACUUCGUGAGCCCCGGUGAAGGCAGAAAUGGAGAUGUGAUGGGCAGCGCUAAUGGCAAUGUGAUACCAGCAUAUAGCUCCGUCCACAGCCUUGAGUUUAGAGGUCAGGACAUGCAAUAAUUGUAACUCCAUACAACAGAAAAGGAGCUAGUAGGAGUUCUCCAUUCCGUUUUAGAAAUCUGUUGAGUUGAAUGAAGUAGAAUUGAAGAAGAAUAAGUGUGAGGUCUUUUAAAAGGCUGGCACCUGAGACUUGCUUACUUAUUUCAUGUCUUGCUGACCCACUAGGCAAUGGCUGGCAUGUCUGUUAAUAAAUUAUUUAUGCACAAUAACAGAUCAUGUGACUAUCUUA